GUUGCUCCGGUUAAAAAUGUUCCGUGAAGACCACGGGUCGUGGAUGACGAUGUUCUUCAGCACGAUUCUGUUUCUCUUCAUCUUCUCUCACAUAUACAACACAGUCCUUCUGAUGGACGGGAACAUGGGGUUCUAUAAAUUACUGUGACAACUAUGAGACAGCCGCACCACUUAACUCAGCUUCUGGUAAGAAAACCUUCUAUCUAACCCAAGAAUAGCAAGUCAGCCAUUCCCUUCCCCAUUUUUGGCUUCAGUCUGGAGGACUCCUUGGUUUUCAGGCAUCCGGAAGCAUUGGCAGCUCGUUUCAGAAAAGUGAGGACUAUAAUGCUAAUUUACAAAUAAAAGAUUUGAAAAUCCAGACAUAAACGAUGUCGUUAUCAUGGAAAAAUUUUUGGUUUCCUCUUUGGCAGUUGUGUUUCUCUACUGACAUCUGUGAGAUCUGUCUGUGGAAGGUUAUCAUUCAAAAGCAGGGGGGUAUGGAUUAAAAAAGGAAAAUGGGAUUAGGAGAAGACUCUUAAAUCAGUCUCUGACGCACCCAUACUAAUACUCGUAAUUCAUUUACUGAUUCCUCCAAGAUCAUGUUACUUUCAUACAUGAACUAAUGAACUGACUAAUUUUGACAGUUUAAUAGACUAAAAUAGCAUUUCUUAAUAGUUUCCAUAUUUAAAGAUUCCAGAUUCCGCAGUCUUGUGCAUGUGCAUGUUAUUUUCAUAGUAUGGAAGGCUGUUUAAAGGCUGUCCAUUUGUGUCGAAAUGAAAAUGUGAACCACUAGAGGGCACUGUGGACAAACUUUUGUCUUUGGUGUUCACUGUAUUGGAGAUAGAACCUGCCAGAAUUUAGUCAGUUACUUUCACCUGUUGUGGUGGUUUGAAUAGGUACGGCCCCUAUAGAUUCAUGUGUUCGAAUGCUUGGCCCAAAGGAAAUGACACUAUUAGGAGGAGUGGUCCUUUUGGAGGAAGUACAUCACUGUGUAGGUGGGUUUGAGGUCUUAGAUAAAUGCUCAAGUCUGGACAAUGUGAUCCAGUCUCCUCUUGGCUGCCUGGGAAAUCCAGCCUCCUUCUGCUGCCCACAGAUCAAGAUGUGGAACUCCCAGCUCCUUCUCCAGCACCGGCUCUGCCUGGACGCUGGCACGUUUCCCACCAUGAUGAUAAUGGACCUCUGAGACUAAGCCAGCCUCAGUGAAAUGUUUUCUUUACUGGAGUUACUCUGGUCAUGGAGUCUCUUCACAGCAAUAAAACCCCAACUAAGACACCUGUACUUAUCCAGAUAAUUGUUUGCGAAGAACUUCAUAACUCAGAAAGCAUUUUUUUCUCUUGGAAGUAGCAAUUAUACAGUAUGUUCAUACGCCUUCGAUAUGCCAUUAAACUGUCCCCAAUGUAAUUGUAGAGCUCCUUUUUUUUUUUUUGCAAUUGGAAAUUAACAAUAAUGAUAACAAAUAUGGCCCUCCUAAUAUGGUCAUACAACUCGUGUAGAUAUAAUAGAUAUAUAUGAAGUUUCUAGACUCCACCCAUAGAAGCUCUUUGGUGUAUGGAACAAAUGCGUACCAUUCAUCCUCAAAAGCAUAAACAACAACAAAAUACCCAGAAGACAGCAGCACAGGCUUCACUUCCAAUUUUGGCAUGAACAGCGUUCAUGGGCUCUGUCCCCGGGGCCCACCUGCCGAAUUGGCUUUCCCAUGGCUUCUGUUCCACUUCUGUGCUUGACUCUAGCAUUUCUUGAUUCUUCCAAAUUUCAACCCAGCCUGUGGCUCUUUCUCUUAUCCCCCCUGCCCCAGGCUGGCAAGAACAGGUUCUUAUAACUACUGUCCACUGUUCAACUGCUCCUUGUGGGAGCAGGCCUGUCCCCAUGGCACCAUAGAGUCUCUGUCUUCCUGCCUUGGACUGUGUUCCUAGGUCUCCACCUGGCUAACACUGCCCAAGCCUGUAUUUCAGCCGAGGAUUUUAAACUAUGUCGGAGAGAAAAGGCAAGUUAGCAGUUCAUUCCUCACACUGAUGGCUGCCAUUCUCUUCCUUCUUUACUAGAAACAGAAAGUUAUGGUGCCCUCUUUUCCUCAGAGCUGGGGGUUGGGGUGGGGGAGAGGGAUGAAGGUGAAGGUGAAGGUGAAUGGUGAGCCAAGUACCCUGAAGAAGCCCAAGGGGAGCUGCCUGGACAGAACGGACCACCUUCCUCACCUCCUCAGAACUGGCCACCUUCCUCACCUCCUCAGAACUGGCCACCUUCCUCACCUCCACAGAACUGGCCACCUUCCUCACCACCACAGAAUGGACCACCUUCCUCACCUCCUCAGAACUGGCCACCUUCCUCACCUCCACAGAACUGGCCACCUUCCUCACCUCCACAGAACUGGCCACCUUCCUCACCACCACAGAAUGGACCACCUUCCUCACCUCCACAGAAUGGACCACCUUCCUCACCUCCUCAGAACUGGCCACCUUCCUCACCUCCUCAGAACUGGCCACCUUCCUCACCUCCUCAGAACUGUCCAUCUUCCUCACCUCCACAGAAUUGGCCACCUUCAUCACCUCCUCAGAACUGGCCACCUUCCUCACCUCCACAGAACGGGCCACCUUCCUCACCUCCUCAGAACUGGCCACCUUCCUCACCUCCACAGAACUGGCCACCUUCCUCACCUCCACAGAAUUGGCCACCUUCAUCACCUCCACAGAAUGGACCACCUUCCUCACUUCCUCAGAACUGGCCACUUUCCUCACCUCCACAGAAUGGACCACCUUCCUCACCACCACAGAAUGGACCACUUUCCUCACCUCCACAGAAUGGACCACUUUCCUCACCUCCACAGAAUGGACCACCUUCCUCACCUCCACAGAAUGGACCACCUUCCUCACUUCCUCAGAACUGGCCACUUUCCUCACCUCCACAGAAUGGACCACCUUCCUCACCUCCACAGAAUGGACCACCUUCAUCACCUCCUCAGAACUGGCCACCUUCCUCACCUCCACAGAAUUGGCCACCUUCAUCACCUCCUCAGAACUGGCCAUCUUCCUCACCUCCACAGAACGGGCCACCUUCCUCAUCUUGAACAGAAGGAUUUCCUAGAGGUGGGGUGUAUCACAUCCUAGAGAUGUGACAGGGAAGUACAGGUAAAGCUGGUGGCUGGGGGUGAGGUGGGUGUUGGGGAGUGGCUCUGUUGGGAAAGGGACCUACGGGGAAGCCUCAGGACUUGAGUUACACCUCCAGGAUCUAUCUACGCAGUGAAAGGAGAGAAGCAACUCCUAGCAGACACCCUCUGACCUCUUCAUGUGUGUGGUGUCAUACACUCACAGGCAAAAUAAAUAAACACAAUGCCAUCCAAAGCAUCGGUGGGGGCGGGGGGAGGCAGCCUGGGUGAUUUGGGGAAGGCAGCUGUCCCUCAAGUCCUCCCGGCCAGCGUCCUCAUUUUACUGGUUUCUUUUGUUACAGGAUUGUGUUUUCAGGCAGCAGGUGUGGCACUGUCUCCAGGGACAUGGCGGAGACGUCCUUAGCUGCUUUUGUUUUGGCAAGAUGAUGAGAAGUAGUGUUUAAUAAAGAUGGGUGUCCAUCUCAUCUUCCUGUUCAACCUUUUACACGGGGCGCUCCCACCUACACUUUCCACAAAUGCAGAAGACGUUAUUCCCGGAGCCGUGUGUGUGUGUGUGUGUGUGUGUGUGUGUGUGUGUGUGUGUGCUCGAGUGCACGCCUGCAUCUCAGAUGAUAAAUAAUUGAAAGUAAAGAUUGGCAACCUGCUGCUUCACCAAGCUUUCCUUUUGCUUUCCUUUUCAGAGUAAUGAGGAGACAGAUGGUACUUUUUCUAUAGAUGCCAAAAAGGAAAAAAAAAAAAAGAAAAAGAAAACCCAGAAACUCCCAGGUCUCACAGUUGUGGAACAAAGUUUUAUGUGACUUGCAGAACCCGUCUUCAGAGUCUAUUGGCAUCCCUCUUUAGCCCCUACUUCAAGACCCAGAGUGACAAGGGGAGUGAUUUGAUAUUCUGAGUGUUUGUCAUUGGAGGAGGUUGGCGUUGAAGGCAGAUCGUUGCAUGUGUGUGUGUAGUUAGUAACUAUAGACAAAGCAAGAACCAAACCAGUCCUACUGGUCAGCGUUGGAUAUUCUAACGGGCGGGAUAUUAGAACUACAUAUCACCCCACAGUUUGAAGCACCAUCUUGGCUGUCGCAGGUAACAUCCCGACUCAAGCAGAAUGAAGACGUCGUCUCCCUCAGGAAGAUGGGCGACUUCUUCAUGUUGCGGUUUGGCUAGACAGAGGAGGCUCGUCUCUUUCUCACUUGUGUCAGAGACACAGAAGUGACAGGGCUUCGGGUUUCUCAGGGUUCCUUUUAACAUCUGACAAGUCUAAACGUUCCGUCUGCAUAAGUCACAUACUAAUUAGUAAUUAAACACCGUUAUUUAAUUAGACAAUCUAGUCGGUGCAUCACGCGUUAAUUACUCUCGGAUUGGUGUGUGCCGGCUGUUCUUGGUGACGGGGCCACUCUGCUGGUGGGUUUCCUGCUGUGUGCCGCAGCUGUGCUCUGGCACAACCCUUCCCUGUCGUCUUGAAUUUGGACAGGGAACAUCAACACAGAGGAGACGGCAGUGUCCUGAGCUGGUCAGCUAUCAGUUUUGAAUGUUUGCAAAAGGAAUCUUCCCUUUAGGAGACCUGUUGUGUUUUUUUGUUUGUGCUUUGGAUUUUCUAUCAGUUCUUUUGAAAAUGACAUGUGUACUCUAAGGAAAGGUCAUCGUUGUAUCACCUGCGGUAAAUUUUCAACAGUUCUCUGCAUCCACAGGAACUCUUGAACUCUCAGCUCUUCUCUAAAGACGUUAGUGAGCCUGGUGUACUGAGUGAAACACGUUUGAAAGAAUUUUAAUCAGAAAGAGUCAUGGUCAUUCAUGGUUGUUUUAAUAAAAAACGUUGCACUUGUACGCUAUGAAACUUACCCAUUGUGCCAUCUCUUUCACUGCUUGUUAGAGAGGUAGGACCCAGCGUUAUAAAUGCUAACAGUGUAUAAUGAAUUUUCAGCGUCUCCUAGGACCUUAUCAAUUAUUUUAUGCCGAAAGCGCUCUCAAUAAGGAACCCUGCUCUUAGAGAUGCACUUACCCAUCAGUAGGCUUCAUCAGUGCCAGUGGUUCUGUCUGCGUGGAGGUCAGAAGGGUUUGUGGAGUGUUUCCACAGGCUAAUUAUAUUUUUGUUCGAAGGACAAUUGUGCGUGGUGGUGGGUUUUAUGGUGGAUAGCAGUCAUGGUUUGGAAUACAUUUAGUUCAGACUCAUCUGUGACCAGAGUCUUCCUUUCUCAACGAUGAUGCAUAUAAAACCCAGAGGUGGAUGCCAUCCAGGAAAUCCCUAUGUGACAGUCAUGCAUCCCUGUCUAUUGGAGGAUGUAAUUCCUGCUGUCUGGAGGCUCAGUUCUGGUGGCUGAAAGAGGCAGGGGGUGAAAUAGAGGCACCGAGAGGUGUUUCCUCCUUCUUGGCUGUAGUCAGUAAGAACAGAGGUUAGGACUGCGGCCCAGAUCUUUUGUUACUUGUCCUGGGCUUCCCAUUACCACACAUUUCUCCAUCUCUUGUUUAUCCUCCCAUUUCUUCCAGGUACAAAGCAUACAAUUCCCUCUCCUCAGAGCUCAGGGAACACAGAGGAUGAGGAGCAGAGAGGUCCUAAGAACCAGAGGGGAUGGAGGGCACCAGGAGAAUAAGGCCUCUGAAUCAAUUGCAGCAGGCCCAUAUGAACUCAUCAAAGUAGCAAGUAGAGGGCCUACACGGGUCUGCACUAUGUCCUCUGGGUAUAAAUUAUAGUGCUUAGCUUAGUAUUCUUACCGGACUCUGAGCGUGAAGAAAGAACAAGUCUCUGACUCUCGUGCCUGCUCUUGGGACUAUUUUCCUCCUGUUGGGUGGCCGUGUUCACCGUCAAUAUGAUAGUUUUGCUUCAUUUUUAUUAUAUUUUUACUUUGACAUAUAGGUUGUUAUCUCUUAGAAGCCUGUUCUUUUCUAAGGAGAGACAGAAAAGGAUUGGAUACAAAGGGAGGGGACUUGGGCAGGAACUGGGAGAAGUAAGGGAGGGGAAACUAUAAUUGGGAUACAUUGUUUGAGAAAAGAAUCCAUUUUCAAUUAAGCAAAAACAUCAGAGUAGCUUAUGAUCAGUUCUAGUCAUGAUUUGAAGUCACAUGUAGCGUUUUUAUUUCAUAGAUAUAAUGUUUUGUUUUAGCUUUUUAAGUUUGCCUUUCCAUCAAUAAUUUUCAAUACUCAUAUAAUAUAAGCUAUGCGAAGGUGUCAUCCAGACUAUAUAGAGAGCUCCUCUUUAGCCUUAAUUAUCAACAGCUGGAAUUCUAGCUCUUGACAGUUCUGGAAACACUUUAAUACAGCUUCUGUGAGCAUCCCAUGAGAGAGCUCCGAUGUUCCCCCUUACUCAAUGUAUAGCAAUCCCCACCUGGAGAAAGCUUCUCCAAUCUGAACGCAGCUCCAGGGAUACAACAUGCUAGUUAGGGUCGAUGAAAACAUUCAACACACAUCCUUCCCUGCUAGGACCACCCUGAGCAAGGCAAUGGUUUAGCUAGUAAUCAUAAAUCCUUAGAAAUGUCCAGUAAUUAGUGGUGCCUAUUAAAAAUAAAUAAAAAAAUACAGAA